CCCAUCCAUGUUUCUGUCUCUGUUUCAUUUAUUUUUUCGAUAAAACAACAUUUUAAACCUAUUAAGAUAAAAGAAUGAAAGCUUUUGUGAGAGGAUUAUUAGCAAGAGCUUAUGAAGUCCCAAAGAUUCAGACGAAAGUAUCGGCCAGUUUUGGUUGCGUAACGUCGCCUCCGCCACCGGAGAAAGGAUUGGAGAAUCUGACGGUGGCGGACGUGCUCUCCACAAAGGACGCUGACGUUGAUACGUGGAUCUCUUGCCGUACGAACGACACUGUUUCGGACGCUGUUAAGAAUAUGGCAAAGCAUAAUAUUGGAUCGUUGGUCGUGUUAAAACCUGGAGACCAACAAUAUAUCGCAGGAAUUGUCACAGAGAGAGACUAUAUGAAAAAGAUCAUUGGGGCAGGAAGAUCAUCAAAGCUUACAAAAGUUGGAGACGUUAUGACAGACGAGAGCAAGUUGGUCACUGUUUCAUCUGGGACAAACAUAAUCAAAGCAAUGCAGCUUAUGUCAGAGAAUCACAUAAGACAUGUACCGGUGAUUGACGGAAAGAUAGUAGGACUGAUCUCUAUGGUUGAUGUGGUUAGAGCCAUUGUGGACCAUCAAAAUGGAGAGCUCAAACGCUUGAAUGAAUUCAUCAAAGGAGACUAUUAUUAGUUUAGAAUCCACAUAAGAAAAUAGAAUGCUUCCAUAUUACUAUCAAUUAUUAUGUAACUACUUACUAUCAAUAAUUUCAAAGUAAGUACUUACGACUGAAAAUGGACUAAUUAUUUAAUAUAUG